CGAAAGAUGGCUGACAUUUUUAAGUCUGUGUUUGGUGAGAAAUUGGUGACAAAAUUUCUUUUUGAGAGUGAUUUCUCUGAUGACCCCAUGCUUCCUUCUCCUUGGCAAUUAAGGAAAAAAGUGCUACUGAAAAACAAGAAACUCAAAGCACACCAAACUCCUGUGGACAUUUUGAAGCAAAAGGCUCAUCAACUUGCCAACAUGCAAGCACAGGCCAGCAAUGGUACCCAGGUCUUGAAUACCAGCACUACAAAUGAAGAAGAGGAGGAUGAUGAAGACGAUUAUGAUUAUGACUAUGAAUCACUCUCAGAUGAUAAUAUUCUGGAUGACCGUCCUGAAAGCAAACCAUGCAGUGACAAACUACAAUUUGAGUAUAAUGAGGAGGGAUCCAAGCGUAUCAAGAAGACUGAUGGCAACAGUGUUAACAACAAAGGAAAGGUCUAUGAUAUGGAACUGGAUGAAGAGUUUUAUCUGCCUCAGAACAAGAAAGAAAGUAGACAAAUUGCACCAGAACUAUCAGACCUUAUCAUCUAUUGCCAAGCUGUAAAGUUCCCUGGCCUUACAACGUUAAAUCCUUGUGGAUCUGGCAGAGGAAAGGAAAGGAAAAGCAGGAAGUCCAUUUUUGGCAACAAUCCUGGUAGAACAAGUCCCGGGGAAACAACAACACUGGCCAAAACAUCUGGAAGAGGCAUAACCGACACAAGGCAGAGUUGGGAGGAGCCAUGCUCACCUCCAUUCAAUCCAAGUACUUCGCUGAGUGCCAUUAUCCGGACUCCUCGAUGUUACCACGUCUCAUCACUGAAUGAAAAUGCUGCUAAGCGUCUAUGUAGACGUUAUUCACAAAAGUUGAUUCAGCACACUGCUUAUCAACUGUUAAGAACGUAUCCAGCUGCUACACGCAUUGACUCUUCAAAUCCACAUCCUCUUAUAUUUUGGCUUCAUGGAAUACAAUUGGUUGCCCUAAACUACCAAACAGAUGAUCUCCCUAUGCAUUUGAAUGCUGCCAUGUUUGAAUCAAAUGGCGGUUGUGGAUAUGUGGUAAAGCCACCUGUGCUAUGGGAUAAGGGAUGUCCAAUGUACCAGCUAUUUUCCCCCUUGGACCGAGAUUUAGAGAGCAUGGAACCUGCAAUAUAUUCCUUGUCUAUUGUCUCAGGACAAAAUGUCUGUCCAAGCAACAGUACAGGAAGUCCUUGUAUCGAGAUUGAUGUGCUUGGUAUGCCUGUAGACAGUUGUCAUUUUCGAACUAAACCCAUCCAUCGCAAUACUUUAAACCCU